CGCGAUGGCAAUUUUCGCCUACAAAUAUAUGCAGCCUUCAACGCCUGUUUUCUGGGGAAGCAGUUGAGCAGAAGAGGUGUCUCGUGAGCCCUUUUUCCUCUCCUCCUCCUCCCUUGCUCUCCUGCCGCUUCUUUCUCCCUCCCCGCAAUUUUCCACCCCCCCUCUCCCUUGCCCCUCCUCUUCAGGAUGGAUUUCAAAACCCUUGAGGAUGGCAACCCCAUCGAACCGAAGCAGGCCACCGCUUCGGUGGAGGAACACACCCUGGUCAAACCUAGCGGUUUCUUUGCCCGCAUCCGCUACUAUGAAGAGCUGUUGGAUCGGAAAAUGGGCGUCGAGUCCAACAGUCUCGAUCGAGUCCUGCCCGAAGAGCGCAAACCGCCCAACACCUUGGCCAUGGCCUUCAUCUGGGCAUCAGCCACCAUGAACCUCAGUUGUUUCAGUACGGGAUUUAUGGGGAAGGAGUUUGGCUUGACCCUAGGGCAGACGAUCGCCAUUAUGAUUUGCGCGACGUUUCUGGGCGCUGCUCUCACGGGUUGGUGUGCCACGAUGGGCCCUGGCACUGGCCUUCGUCAAGUCGCCAUCUCUAGAUACUCCUUUGGCUUCUACCCCUCCUCCAUCAUCGCGGCGCUGAAUGUCGUCGAACAGCUGGGCUGGGCCUCUGUCAGCUGUAUUACUGGUGGUCAAGCUCUUCGUGCCGUUUCGGACAAUCACAUUUCCAUGGUCGUGGGAGUCGUCAUUGUUGCAUGCGUUAGUCUGUGUUUCAGCUUCUUCGGUCUUAGGGCUGUUAUGACCAUUGAGCAAUACAUCUGGAUGGUUUCCUUUGUCGUCUUCAUCAUCGUCUACGGUGAAUCGGCCCACCACGCCAGCCUGUCAGAUCCCGGUACCGUGUCCGGGCUGACCAAGUCCGGAAAUGUUCUGAGCCUGAUCAGCGUUAUCUAUGGCUCGAGUGCAUCGUGGUGCUCGAUCGUGUCCGACUUUUAUGUGCACUACCCGGUCAACACCUCGAAGGUCAAGGUCUUCAUCUACACCACCCUGGGUAUUUCACUCCCGACUUGUAUCGGAAUGUUGCUCGGUGCGUGUAUCGCAUCUGCCCUGGACGGAAACCCAGAAUGGGCUGCUGCCUAUGACCAAGGAACUGGAGAGAUCUUGCAGACCAUCAUCUAUCCCCGCAAAUUUGCUAAGUUCCUCUUGGUCUUGCUGGUGCUGUGUGGCAUCGGUAUGAACUGCAUUGCCAUUUAUGCUGGAUCCCUUUCGGCACAAUUAUUCGCCAAACCCUUCCAGAAGAUCCCCCGAAUUAUUUGGACACUACUCGUGUUCGCCUGCAUUCUUGUCAUUGGUAUCGCAGGCCGGGACCACCUGCUGACUGUCCUGGAUAAUUUCCUCUCCCUCUUGGGUUACUGGAACACCUCCUUUUUCGUCAUUUUGUUCUGCGAACACUACUUCUUCCGCAACGGCAACCUGGCCAACUACGACCUCGACGCCUGGAACACGCCGUCGAAACUGCCCGUCGGCUACGCCGGUCUCACAGCGUUCCUGUGCGGUGCGGCCGGUUGGAUCGUCGGCAUGGACGAAACGUAUUAUGUUGGAGCGCUGGCGCGCAAGAUUGGCACCGAUGGAGGAGACAUUGCCAAUGAGCUGGCGUUUGUUUUUACUAGCUUGUCGUAUAUUCCCUUGCGGAAGCUGGAGUUGAAGUACGUUGGACGGUAGAUGAGCAACACAUGUACACUAUGAUCAUAUUAUCAUGACGAUGAACGGCAGGCCACGAUAUAUAUAUUGAUGGUUAACGAUAAUGCAACUCCUAUGAUCUCUGCUAUAAUCAUACCACCAGAACAACUGCACUUGAUUUUCAAGUAAAUAAUUGGAUG